AGUCACAUGGCAAGGGGAUACACACAAAGGAAAGGGUAAAGAAUUAUAGCCAUUUUUUAGUCAGUUUAUCAGCAUGCCCUGUGUACAUGACAGAGGACAUUUAAAAGCCACUUCUGAUUUUGGUUUCUUUUUGUUUCCAGGGAUACAGGAAGUAUGGGUAUCUGGUCUUCAGGCACCAACAUCUUUCUAAGUUUCUGGGAGAUUUAUGUGUCUCCAAAAAGCCAUGGACGGAUGGACUUUAUCCAGCAUUUGGGAGUUUGCUGUUUCAUUGCUUUCAUUUGCGUGGGCCUCCUCUCUGUGGCCUUCUACUGGUUUCUGUCAUCAGUCAUAGUGUUCGCCACCUCCUGGGUCAUCGCGUGUGUUCUGCUGUGUCGCUCCAAGCAUGCUCGCUGCUUUGUUCUCCUUGUCUUCCUCUCUUGUGGCCUACGUGAAGGCAGAAAUGCUUUGAUUGCAGCCGGCACAGGAAUAGUGAUCUUUGGACACGUGGAAAACGUUUUUCACAACUUUAAAGGUCUCCUAGACAGUAUGACUUGCAAUCUAAGGGCAAAGAGUUUUUCCAUACAUUUUCCACUUUUGAAAAAAUAUAUUGAAGCAAUUCAGUGGAUUUAUGGCCUCGCCACGCCACCAAGUCUAUUUGAUGACCUUGUUUCUUGGAACCAGACAUUGGCGGUCUCUCUCUUCAGUCCCAGUCACAUCCUGGAGGCACAGCUAAAUGACACCAAAGGAGAAGUUCUGCGUGUCUUGUACCAGAUGACAACGGCAACUGAGGUGGUGUCCUCCCUGAGUCAGAAGCUAUUUGCCCUCGCAGGGCUUUUGCUGGUCCUCCUUGGCACUGGCCUCUUCAUGAAGCGAUUUCUGGGCCCUGGCGGUCAGAAAUACGAGAACAUCUACAUCACCAGACAGUUUGUUCAGUUUGAUGAGAGGGAGCGGCAUCAGCAGAGGCCCUGUGUCCUCCCGCUGAACAAGAAGGAAAGGAAGAAGUAUACUAUUGUCCCAUCCUUACAGCUGACUCCCAGAGAAAGGAAAAACCUGGGGCUGUUUUUCCUCCCCAUACUUACUCACCUCUACGUCUGGGUGCUGUUUGCAGCUGGAGACUAUCUGCUGUAUCGGCUCAUUUUCUCCGUGGGCAAACAUUUCCAAAGCUUGCCAGGCCUGCAGGUCCACUUGGAGCUACAAGAAGGGAAACAAGGAACACAAGACCUCAUCCAUCAUUCUGCUUUUAAUAUAUCUGUGUUUGAACCCAACUGCAUUUUUAAACCAAAGCUCCUUCUGUCUGAGACCUGGAUUCCUCUCAGUAUUCUUCUUGUGAUAUUAGUAAUGCUGGGAUUGUUGUCCUCCUUCCUGAUGCAACUGAAAAUCCUGGUGUCAGCAGCCUUCUACCCCAGUGUGGAAAGAGAGCGCAUCCAAUACCUACAUGCCAAGCUGCUCAAGAAAAGGUCAAAGCAGCCAUUGGGAGAAGUGAAAAAGAAACUGCGUAUGUGCCUUAAAAAGGUGCAUUUUUGGCUUCCAGUCCUGAAAAUGAUUAGGAAGAAACAAGUGGACGUUGUGAGCAAAGACAGUUCACGAGAGACCCCAGGCAGCUGCUCCCCACAGUGCACCAGCUGGUCUUCUCAGGUCUAAUGCCAAUGGCCACUUUUCCGGGUUCGACGGUAGAGAACUAUAUCCUAAGGUCCUACCAGGGGUUUGAGUUGGUAGGGCCAUUUUGUGUCACCUAGUUAUGCCUCUAAACUACUUGUCAUCAUAAGGCCGAAGGGCUAUCAAGUAACUGGUUAUGAGGCCUGUCUUUCAGGCAGAGCACAUGGUAAGAUUCUGUCACAGGGUAAUAAAACUGUAUCCAGGCUCUUUGGUGAAUUUUAGCAUAGAAUUAUAUUCAAAGGAAAAAAAAAAACAGAAAAGAAAAUCGGAAAACAAUUGAAAUCUCUAUUGCUGUCUCAUGAGCCAAUGCUAAGGACAACACACAUGUAUAAAACCUGCAGAACAUCUUCAAACUCUUCUGUCUCUUCUCUGCCCUUUUUCAUGUCCUGCAGCUAUUUCUCGCCCUCAAAUCGCCUCUUCUCUCUGUCCCCUAUUCAAAGACCGUCUCUGAAACCCAUUUCCAGCAGCUCCUAAUUUCUUCUCACUGCUGUCUCCAUUCUUUUUCUCUGCUUCCCUGGAUGUCCUUUGUUUCUUCCUUUUCUUGCAAAUCCUUCAGCCUAGUAUUCAUGCCAGGGUAGCCUAGAGACUCUGUGUAUCAAAAUCAUGUGAAAUAGGGGCCCGCUGGUGCACUGUGGGGAGCAGCUGCUUGGGGUCCUAAGAAGAGGAUAGGGCACAGUCAGGGGCUUCUCCCCCUUAGCUUAGGGAAGCCGUAUACUAACUGUCUGGGAGCAUUUCUGACAACACCUCUUACCAUUCUGCCAGAAGCAGUGCUUGCCAAUCUGCACCCUCGUACCUAACCCUCAUAGAAUUCUUCUAGGCAGGGAGGUUAUAUAAGUGGGCCAAGAGACAGCCUCUGUGUAUUGGCCCCUAGGUAAUUUCUUCACUGAAGCUGAGACCCAUUAGCUAAAAAGCCUGCUUACAGGCACCAAAUUGAAUUUUUAUGUGUUCAGUUCUUUUAGAGAGCCCCCAAAAGCAGAUUUUUAGCUAUCUAGAUGCUGCCUACUUCGUACGCUCUUAAACCCUCUAUUCACAUCUGCUAACCAUGGAUGAGGUACAAUCUGUGGUUUAAGACCCCAGCCCACUGCUGUCCCCCUGAGUUCCCAAACCCAAGCGCCCCCUGACUUGCUGUUGAGUGACAUAGCAUAGACAUGUAAUAUCCCCACUCCUGAAACUUCUCUGUCCCCCCAGGGUAGUUCCCUUAACGUUUACUUCUUCUGGAUGGUGACUCUUUGCUACUUGUGGGUGGUCUCAGGUAGCAAAGAGUUCUGUGCAGAACUUCCCCUCUCUGCAACCCUGUCCAAGAACUGCUUAAAAAACCUUGUGUUCUUGCUUCUCAUGAUCUUACCUUCUUC